UUGUCAUUGGCUUAUUGCCAACACGUCAAACAACUGAAACAACGGAGGCGAAUAUAAACAAAACAAAUUAUUCAACGUACAGUAAAGUUAGUCUGUGGUACAAAAAGCAGUACAGUAUUUGAGUUUAUAUGUAUGAAGUUAUUUUACAUUCUAUUCUUUGUUACGAAAAAAUAUUUUAAAGCUGUGGUCUAAAUUAAAUUUGUUUAGUUGAUGAUAGUUGACAGUGACUGAGACAGUUAAUUGUAUUUUUUCAAAUGGAAGACGAUUUGCCAGAGAAGUGUGUGAAAUUGGUUCUUUUAGGGGACUCGUCUGUUGGAAAGACAUCAUUGGCAUCUAAAUUCUGUCAUGAAGAGUUUGGUCGUCAAUAUUACCCAACUGCUGGUGUGGACUUCUUCCUCAAACGAACUGUGUUACAGGGGAACAGGUUAGUCCGAGCAGUUGUGUGGGAUGUGGGAGGCGAAUCAUUGGAUACAACCAUGUUCCAGAACUAUCUGUAUGGCACACAGGCUAUAUUAUUAAUAUUUGACAUUACCAACUUAACAAGCUUCAACCACCUGAUGGAAUGGCUAAAUGCUGCAUCUUCUUUUGUCUUUGGUAAACCGCCGCUGGUGACCCUCAUAGCUAACAAAUGUGACAUGGAACAUCAGAGAGCUGUCAGUCUAGAGAAACAGAUGAGAUUUGUCAAUGAACUUGGAAUCCAUUCUACUCACUCUGUUUCAGCUCGCACAGGAGAAAAUGUGACAUUAGCUUUCCAGAGGAUCCUGGCGGAGUUGCUGGGGCUGCGUCUGAGCCGUGUGGACCAAGAGGAGCAGUUAAGUGUAGUCAAGGCUGAAAUUCUUGCAGCCAACCACAACCAGGCAUACGCUGGCCUGCAGACACCGCCUUCUACUAUCUGCUCUCUUCAGUGAAACCAACAAUCUAUGUUAAUAAAAAUAUAUUUGUGCUGUC